GCCUUGGUGUAAACACUGAAGACAUGCAGAGAUUACUGAGUAACUGACUGGCACAGAGAGGCAAAAAACAGAGUGGAGGACUCAAACAGGGAAGGGCAAAAAUGGGAAUAUAAAAAGAAAGAGAAACAUGGGAGGUUCAGUGAGAAUAUAAAUUGGUGCUGUGUCAUGACUUUCUGUCUUCUGUUGGAUGUACCACAACCGUAUGACUGGACGUGAAAGUCACAUGCCACCACAGACAGGCGGCGGCAGUUUGACACCUCCGCUUCCCCCAGAAAGACGCACACAAGUCGGCUGCUCAACACCUCCGGACCUGCAGGAGACGGACGGCAAUGGCGACCGGUGACAGCCAGGCAACUUUUGACUCAUGGCUCAACCAAGCCACAGACCCAAACAAUCAGGAGGACAGAUGGGACUGCAUUCAAGGCUUCUACCAGCUCGUCAAUCAGGAGACUGAUGGUCCACAGGUAGCUGUUCGCCUUCUUGCCCAUAAAAUUCAGUCACCACAGGAGAAAGAGGCUCUGCAGGCUCUCACUGUUCUCGAGGCAUGUAUGAACAACUGUGGGAAGAGGUUUCACAAAGAGGCCGCCAAGUUUCGCUUUCUCAAUGAGCUUAUCAAACUCCUAACACCAAAGUACUUUGGCGCGUGGACUCCACAGAAGGUCAAAGACAGAGUGACGGAGGUCCUCUACGGCUGGACUCUUUGGCUUAAAGAGGAACCCAAGAUUCAGGAGGCCUACAGAAUGCUCAAGAAACAAGGUAUUGUGAAGAAAGACCCUAAACUACCAGACACAAUCAUAAUGGCACCUCCAGCACAAAGAACCACAGACUCUGUUUUUGACCAGGAGGACAAGGCCAAGCUGUUAGCCAGACUAUUGAAAAGCGCCCGUCCUGAAGACCUGGAGACUGCCAACAGGCUCAUUAAAAGCACCAUCAAAGAGGAGCAAGAGAAGGCAGAGAAAUUGUCAAAGCGCGAAUCUACUCUGCAGGAGGUGGAGAGCAGCACCAAACAGCUCAGAGAGCUGCUGGACCAGCACACGAUCACUGGAACCUCGCUACAGCCGAGUGAUGACGAGAAGGCCCUGUUCGAGCGCUGUGAUCGGCUGAGGCCCAGCUUGUUCCGCCUGGCCAGUGACAUGAUGGACGACGACGCAGCUCUGGCACAGAUCCUGGCAGCUAACGAUGAGCUUACAUUUGUAGUAAACACGUACAAAGACCGGGUGGGGAAGACAGAGUGUAACGGUAGAAGAGAGAGAAGCAGGAAUGAGGAAGAAAUGGAGGGUCAAAACAACGCUCCAAAAAGUCCCAGAGAGAUUAAAAGCUACCACCUCAUCGACCUGUCAGCACUGGACUCUCCACAGACACAGAGAAAAGCCGAUUCACCACUGUUCUUUGAAUCCUCUCUCCUGGAAAGUACCUUCCACUCAGUGGCUGAGCAGGACUUAAAUGAAUUAGAGUUUGAUAACCUGGUCUCAAAACAGACUCAAGAGACGUCGAGGUCGUAUUAUGAAGAUCUGCUGCAGCUUAAUGGAGAGUUUCAGACAAGGAACGCUGAGCAGAAUGGAGGGAGAGACUUUGUGUUGAGAGCCCGUGGAUGUGGGAGCAGCAGCACUACAUCUAAUGGGACUAACAUCUGGUCGCUCCCUCACAAUCAGCGCUUCACAGAGUCAGGAUCACUGUCCGAAGCACACAAACAGCUCGGUGAUGUGUCGGGAUCUCCAGUUAAACUAGAGGAGAGCUUGUGUCCCCCUCAACUACUGAAGAACAUCUUUGUUCCAGUGGAGACCAUCAAAUCCAGUAACCUUGAGCCGAUCACUUUAUACGAUCAGGGCGGCGUCCACGUUUCCCUCCAUUUUGCAAAAGAUUCUCCGCCGGGUCAUCCAGGCGUCGCUGUGGUCGUCAUCUCCACAGUUAACACGUCUGCCCUUGGUGUGAAAGACUUCCUGUUUCAAGCUGCUGUUCCAAAGACCAUGUCAGUGAAACUUCAGCCUGCCUCGGGGACACACCUACCUCCUUACAACCCUCUCCUGCCUCCACCUGCCAUCUCCCAGGUCAUCCUGUUGGCUAACCCUCAGAAACGAAACGUGCGUUUACGCUUCAAGUUGACACUGACACAUGGGGACCGACAGCUGAAUGAGAACGGAGAGAUCGACAACUUCCCUGACUGGACGUCUUUGAUCGGCCACUAAAAAAACUUAAGAGACUUGGACUAAAAAACAAAAAGCUCUGGACCUGGAAUCUAGAAUCUGAAAGCUGAGCGAGCAAAGCGAAGAAAAACUGCGACCAAGUCUGCAGUCGAUCCUCAUAUGGUAAACAAACACAACAAAUAUCCAGUCUGUGUUUUCAGAAAAGUUUUAUGAAUAAAACACCAAUAGUAACUGUGAUGCAACAAUGACAAAAUAAUAUCAGAAAGAUUUAUUUCACUCUAAAAGGGUGAGUAAGACUCUUAUUUCUCACAUAAAAAUAUUUCGGGUGGGUUCGGUACAUCCCUGAUUGUACCUGUUCAGGUAUUCACUGUUCUGCUGUUUGUGCCGCUGCUGCUGUCGUUAAAGCCCAGUGUGAUAAUACAGUGUGUUUACUGCGUAUGCUGACAAGUAGCUGGUGUCUACGUAUGCAAAGUGCUAUUUAUUUGCUGUUGUGCAUUUGUGAUGUUCAAAGUUCCCAAACAGCCUUAAGAUGUAAAAUGCUGUGCUUUUGUUUUGUAUUUAUUUUAAGAAUAGGUAGAAAAUGUGUGAGAGACCUUCAUAGAUUUGUAUCUGUGGGCGAUUUGCUGCGCUUGCUCGAGCCCUCCUUUUCCUGGGACAGAACUGCAUAGCGAAGCUGAGGUUUAUAGGGAACCAAUCUAAACGCAGAUGGUGUCAUUACCCCACAGCCAUUACACUGUGACUUGUCUGUGUUAACUUUAUGCUCAAGCAAAUCAAGAAAUUUCUCAACCUGACAGCAUGUGGCAGUGGCAGCAUAAAGAAAUGUGCUACAAGUACAUGAAACAAGCAAAGAAAGACAAGCUGCGACUUCAGCACAGCAUGAAUUUGUGUAGGACAGAAAAACCUGAUGAAUUACAUCAACUACACAAUAAAGAUGUAUAAAAAUAAUGUUAGUUUUAACACACUGUGAAGACACCGGCUUCACCUGUGCCUUUUAGUGUUUAAUCAUUAGAUUCAGUUCGCCAGAUAAUUUCCUGUUUGAAGGUUUACAUGUCAUUAUGUACUGGGAGGAAGUGUGGGCUCUUACUGUGAAGAAACAGGAAGUGUUGUUGCGCACAAAGCAUGUUUUGAACAUGACAAUUGCUGAUGAAGUGUUGAAAAACUUCAACAGGUUGUCUUUGUUGAUUGUGUUUGCCCCUACUUCCUCCCAGUGCACGAUGCCAACACUCAAACAGGAAGUUACAUGACCACUUGAGUCUAAUGCAACCUGUCUGGAAAUAUUUUAAGCAUAUUAACAUAUAUAUGUGAUGUCUGUUUUGUCAAAGUGGUAAAGCUCUGCUUGUGUUUUCUAAGUUUCAGUGUCUUGAUCUCUCUCAGCCGCUGUAAUUUUCAGACUGCCGUUAACUCUUUCUUACUCACUGUGAAGUUCAUAUGAACAGUGUUCUCUGAUCAGCUGUUUUAUAGGGUGAAGCUUUAUAACUUGAGCCCAGAGCAACAGAUUUACAGAAGUUCAAAACAGGCUGCAUAUUCAGUUUGUCAGAUGACUUAAGGUCGGUGUGAAUGUUUCUUUGAAUGCUUGUCUAUUGUCUGUCAGUUCAACUGUGUGCUGCUCUGCUGCAUGUCAUCAAUAAAUACUGUGUGUAACAGUGUACAACAAAGCUCGAAUUCUGUCUCACCAAAUCAGGGAAAAAGAUCUUUAUGCCAGUAUGAUCACCCUGAAAUCUGAUUGUAGAUCAUUAUAUUAUUACAGUUCCAUCUGAGGUGACACUGACAUGUUGUUUAAGUGUUGAAUAAAAGAGAGAAACUCUUCA